GUACCUCGUGGCUCACGUCGACGUCUGUCGAUACCGCGUGCUCAGUGUGUACCUGAGUGCAGCUGCUCCUGCAACACUCGGCUUGUUUCACUUCUUACGCAGCCGGUAUACGAGCAACAUCACAGCCCUCUCGCUCCUCGAUCGAGACUACCCACUACAUUUCAUUGAAUUGUUCGAUAUUUUUGUCAAUAUGUGGCGCAUUUGUUAGUGAUACAAGUAUCCGGAAUAGAAAUCAUUUGUCAACGCGAAUCGCAGAGAGAGAAGAAUCUCGCAACAUUAAUAGUGUUUAGUGACAUUGCAAGAGCAUUUGAAAGUAUUAAAAAAUACUGAAAUGAUCACUCAACGACUGGCAAUUACAUUCUUCACAGUGUGUGUAAUCUUCAGAGUUUUCCAGACUUGCGAAGCAAGGCCACGGAUCAGGCAUCACAGGGAUGAUUCCAAAUGCACGAGAUGUGCCCCAGGAUGGGGUGUAUCAAGGGCCUGCACAUCUGGGAAGGAUACCGAGUGCACUACCUGUAUGCGAGGCACUUACAGUCCCCACCACAGCCUACAGCCCUGCUGGAUUUGCUCUCGAUGUGGUCCAGGGCUGUACGAAGCCCAUGCCUGCACCUCAAAGACUGACACAGUCUGCGAUUCGUGUCAUCGUCAUGCCCUCGACAAUGCCGACUACCACAGCAAGUGCAAGGGCCACAAGAAUUUAUUUCUAGCCCCCGAAGAUGCCAAAAGUACUGGCGAAGAGAGCUCUCUCGUGAAUGAGGAUGACGACGGCGACGACGAUGACGACGACGAGCCAAAGGAGAGAGAAGAGAAAGAACGUGAAAUCAUUCUGGCGCAAGACAUCGAGGCUGACGUACGUGAGGCUCAAAACAAUUCGAGGCACAGGUUUUAGAAUGAAUCAAUGACUUAAUUGCGAGAAAAACUAGUCAAGAUCUUUCUUAACAGCAGUUGUAUAUAUUCGAUCUGGGAAUACAAUUUGAUAUUUCACGAUCACGAUCGAAUUAACCAUAAUACUUGUCAUUCGUUCGCAUCAAUCAUGUAAACAUAAAGAAACGUCUAAAAUUCAAUGCGCCCUCCGCUCAGAAAUAAAGAUCUACAGAACUCUAGGUUUGCACUCGCAGUGAACAAACUAUAUAUUAAGUGUAUUAUCUUCAUUUUCUUUCUAUUCCCUAACUUUGUUCAUAUGUUUUUGUAUAUAUGUAGUUGAUCACAUACAAUGUAUACAAUUUGCGUGUAUAUAACCAAAGACAUGUUCAGUUUUAAUGAUAAUGCUUCCUCCAAGUGGUGCCAUUUGUUUGGAGCGAAAAAAUUAGUCAUCAUUUGCAGUUCCGUGAACAAGUGCUAAAUCAUGGCAUACCAAUUUCAACGAGAUAUUUACCAUUCAAAAUAAUUAACGCUCAUCUCGACAAUCGUGCCAGUUAAGAAUCAAAUGUUAUACACUUGUCGUGUGAGCGAUUUCCCAGGAUCUCAGAGAUGCAAAUAAAGGAUAAACUAGCAAUGUGUCGAGUGGAUUAAUUUUAAGUGUAUAUAUACUUUAGUAUUUAUCCAAUUAUUUAAUUACAUAACAUAGUAAUUAUAUUUGAUUCAGUGAUCUCGAUGAAAUGAUUGGUCCAGAGGGAAGUUAUUAAUUAUCGACCGAGAUUCCCAUUAUUUCCUCUACUACACUUUUAUACCAGGCUGAUUCAGACAGCUUCAGAGAAUAAUAUCAAUGAAAUAUUGUCAUGACAAUUGUAUGAUCGGUUUAUAUUGCACCAACAGUGGUGAAAUUAGGACGAAAAGUGGGUGUCAAGCAAGGCGAAAGUGAAACGCUUAUUAAUUAUUAUUGUGAAUUCUGUCAAUUCGGCUACGAGCGCAAGCGGAAUAUUUCCAUUACUGUUGAAAAUUUCCAACUCAAGUGUUUGAUGAAAAAAAAACUUUAGCUUCACAAUGUACAGAAAAUUAAACGUACAUUUUUUGGAACAGGUGCUCUUGGUAGAAGGGAACAUUUUCUAGUCAAUUUUAAGCAUCUGAGAAAUAAUUUUAUUCUCAGGAUGAGAGAAAAAAAAGUUUUUCAGCAGAAAGAGAUGUUGGAUUAUAUCAAAUUGAUCGUUUUCGUCCCUCGUUAUUAAUUAAUAAAUUACCUAUUUUUCAUAACAAAUCAUCACAUAAGAAAUUUAAGGAAAAAAGUUUAUCAGACACUUGAAGAAUUUUAAAAACAUUAUAUUUCUGUACCAGAUGUCAUUCUAAUGAUCCUGAAUAUUCAUAAUUUGCUUGGGUUUUUCUCAUUCUACUCGCCCAACGAAUUCAAUAUGUGAAAAUGAUAACACUCUAGCAUACUCUAUACUCAACUGUAAAUACUGUCUAUACCAAGCUAUAAAAAAUGCUUGGAUAUUCUUGAAAAUUGUCUCGGUACGAGAACAUCUGAUCUCAUUUGAAGACUUCUUUCUCUCAAUGUGCGUACAAAGCCAAAAUUUUUGACGAUUCCCAAGAUUGACAAGAGGAUAUUCUCUUUUACCUAAUAAAUAACGUGUUCUCUGAGUGUAUUUACGAAUUUGCAAAUUUCCAUAAAAUGCCAGUGACUCAUAACAGUAACAUGUAAUAUUUAUAAUUUGUAAUUGUGCACAUUACAUUAGUUUACCUGCAUAAAGGCAAGAAAACUUGGAAUAUUUUAUGAUGAAAAAUUGUCGUCGGCAAAGCUAUUAAUUUUCAAUUUAGCCUUUUCCAUGAACUGUCCUGGUUGAAUAAUCAUAUCGGACAUGAAAAUUGUAGGGAAAAUACUCGUUGCUAAGAGAAAAAACGUUUAUAAUAAACUGACAAUGAUCAACGAAGUCCUGGAAAUUCUGCGGUUUUUCUUGAUUUUAAUAAAUCUUGCAGAAAAACCUUCAAAGAGAUAUUUUCAACAGCACUCAAUAUUCGUUUAUUCGAUAUGACAGAAAUAUCAAACAUGUGAUGAUUUUACGAAUUCAAUGUGAACGGGGCAGUCUUAUUUCACUUUCAAAUUGUACGAGUUUAGUUUUUAAAGACUAAUGUACGGCUUUUCUCUAGACACACGAUUUUACAUCAUAAACACACAAUUUGAUUCAUAGUAUUUUAUCUCAUCUUUCACUAUCCAUUGUCGCUUUAAUAUUAAUAUUAAUAUUAUUAUUAUUAUCAUUAUCAUUAUUAUUAUCGGUUUGAAUGGUAACAGUAAUACCCGGUGAGGCCGUUUCAUUCUGGAGAUAUAUGUAUGUCUGACGACUAUAUCUAUAUUUAUGACAUGAUUUGCAUAAUCGUGGAAGUGUUGUAGAAUCAAUGCAACAUAUCUAUGAGAGAUUAUACUGUUUAAUAAUAUAAAUCAAUAGUGUCUUACAAACAUACAUGUACAGUGAUAGAAAAUAAUUCAAAUAAUUACAAGAAAGUAUUCGCUGGUUUACAGUUUGGCGCUAAUAAAGUCAUUUUUAUUACAAAUAUAAGAGACAAACUGAUUUUGGAAUUAAUGCAAAAAAAUAUAAAGCAACAUAUACAAGAAAUUAAGCGAAGAUUUUUGUCCUCCUCUUUUUUAUUCAUAAUAUACGAAUUCAUGGUAUAUAUAUAUAUUUAGAUAUAUAUAUAUAUAUUUAUAUAUGCUUCUUUAGAUUUCUUAUGAAUCUAUAACAUAAAAAAAACUUCUAAUGAUUUCAGCAUUAUCGAUUUUCCUCUAAAGCCCUUUACAAUAUAGCUUUCUCAAAUUUUCAAUUUAAAAUGAUUGUUCAGAUAUUCAAAAGACAAUGAUGGACUUCGAUAUGAGUACGGCAAUGUAGUUGUUGAUUCGUGGAAGGAUCAUCGCACAAACUUAAAGCGAGUUAUAUAAUUUCAGAAAAUAAAAACUACUUUUUAUGAAAAAGAGAUUGUUUAAGCAUGCCAAAGGUACAAUUUUUUUAAAGAAAAUUCGUUUGGAUACCAACGAAAGCUAAUUAUCAUAUGAUGCUUUGAGAUUCACUUCAAACUUCCGUCGAAUCGCUUCUUCACCGAAUGUCGAGUUCACAUGAAUAAUAAUUAAAAAUUCAAUUCAGCCCUUGUAAGUAUUCCCCAAUUUUCUUGAUCUUGAUGAUGAUUGGAAUUAAGAAGAAAAUCUAAUUCGCUCAAUUACGUACAAUUCAAUUUUUCGAUUCCACGGGUGAGCAAAAUAAUAUCUCUACGCCGUAUGGCAAAGGACGGGGAGUAUGACAAGACACUCAUAGACCAUUUAAAAAAAAAAAUGAGAAUAAGGUGAAGAAGAAGUAGAAGAAGAAGACGCGUAGCGACAGAAUUCAGCGGGGAUAAUUUCUUACUUGUAUAUUUUCAUUAAUAAUCUCUUACAUCAACUGCCUCCAACAAUCAGCGUGACAUUUAUGUACAAUUAUGAUACUACCUUUACAGUUGGAUUAUCAUUCAUUUUCACUCCAACAAGACAUUUUAAUAAUAUUCCUUCAAGGGAAAAAAGAGAGAAAAAAUCAUUGAAAUUAAAAAUAGAGUUGAAAAAAACCUUUCACAAUUUUCUGCAAGUCCUAAAAUAAAUCUGCACGCUUAAUUAGCUGAUGAAUUAGUAAAAAAAAUUUUAGUGACAAUGACACAAGAUAAAUCAAGGGCGUCAAUAUUCUGAUUAGAAGAGAAAAAUGUUCUUGAUUUUUGAGCUUCAUUAAAUAACACUGGACUUAAGGAUAAAUGAAUAUUGAUAUUAUACAGCCCAACGCAUUCAGACACCAGCCAAUGUAACAAAAUAAGGGGAGAACACGAGACGUGCAGCGAGAAGGUACACAGCAGAGCACAGCUGGGAAGACUCACGAGUCAAUCUCCUGGUUUCCAUCAAUAAGAAUAAUUUUAUAAUUGGAUGAACCUACUCUAGUCCGUUCUCGGUGCUGCACGGUGAGGGAAUUAAAGAAUAAAAAACAAAAACAGAAUGAGCGACACCUAUCAACUGAAUCAAUAGAAAAACUACUAAUAAUUAAAUUCUGGACUUAAUACUGUCCUUGGUAGCCAAUAUUCAACUUUUCAGCUCUGUGUGACAUUAUCAUUGUCGAGUUAUUCAUUAACAAGGUCGUGAUCAAUCAUU